AUGAAUAAAUCUACACAUUCUCUAGUAACCAGAUUUGAAUAUAAAUAUUUAUUUUACACCUUAUCUUUUGUAUCAAUAAAUUUAGGUAUAUGUAAUGAAUAUAUUAAGAGAAAGAAAUUAGCAUUUCAAGAGGAAGCCCCACCACAAAUAUACUUUUACUUAACAAAGGAUAAUUUUGAAUAUGUUGAUAAAGAAAAAUAUAAUGAUCGAAUUAAAAAGAUAUGCAACAAUUUUAAUGUACCUAUAAGUUAUAUUUAUAAAGGAGCAAAUAAUUAUUUUCCAUUAGAUUACCAUUUACAAUAUUUAAGUAACAUUUUUGAAACAUCAAAAGAAAAAUUAAAGAAUGUUUUAGAGAAAGAAACAGAAUUUGAUAAAAUUGUCGACAAACUGGUUGACGAAAUUGUAAUUCAUUUUAAUGAAUAUGAAAGAAAAGUGAUAGAAAAUGAAAGUAAUUCGAAAAUUUUGAACAGUUUGAAAAGUUUGAAAAAAAAUAGCCAACUUGAUGAGUGGGAAGAGAAAGAGGGUUUUUUAAAAAAUAUAAAUUUUGAUCAUUUAAAAGAGUUUAUAUUAAAACGAAAAAAAUUAAUAGAGAGACAAAAAAAAGAAGACAUGUUAAACAGUUUUAUUGAUGAAGUAUAUGCAUAUAGUUAUUUAUAUUUAUUAAUUAAUUAUAAAAGAAAUAAUUUUUUUGAUUUUAUAAAAGUUCGAAGAUCUUAUAGACAUUGUAGUGAAAAUAUUUCAAAAGAUAUUGGACUUGAAGUUGAUAAUUAUCUUGGAAUAUGUAGUGAAGAAAAUGAAGGAAAUAAACAAGAUAAGAUUUUCAACCCUUUUGAUGAAAGUUCAAAUUAUGUUGAUGGGGCUUCUUAUGUGUUAAGUAUUGAUACAAUAAAUGAAAUUAAAAAAAGUUUAGCAAAAUAUGGAGUAGUUGUAUUAAAAGACUUUUUACCAAAGGAAAGUGUAAACAAAAUAAAAAAAGAAUUAUUUUUAGAUCGAAAAAAUAAUGAAAAUGUAUCUCCAUUUUUAAUGGAUAAAGAUGCAAAUAUAUUUUGUAUCAGACCGACAAGAGGAAGACAAUAUUGUAUAUUACGAAACAGUAAAAUAAGUGAUAUGUUUGUUAAUAUACAACAAUAUUGGCUAAAUAUUAUUUAUUCUUAUUUGCCAGUAGGAAUAUAUGAAAAUAUUUUCAACACGUUUGAUAAAAACGUAUUAUUAAAUAAUACAGAAUUAAAUAAAUUAAAUAUAAAAAGUAAAUAUAAUGACAAACUAUUUAUAUCGGAAUUACAAUUACUAAAUAAUGAACCUUUAAGUGAGAUACAAUCAUAUCAUGUUGAUAAUGGAAUAAAUGGGUUAAGUAUUAUUAUGCCUUUAAAUAAGAUGAAUGAAGAGUCAGGAAAUUUUGAAUUUUUUUUAGGAACCCAUUUUUUUUCUUCUUUAAAAGAUAAUAUAAAUAUAGCCACUUAUAAUGAACAUAAUAAUGGAAAUAAUAAUAGAAUUAAAAAAGCUUUUUACAAUUUUAAACGUUUUAUGAAUAUAUACUACUUAACAGGAUCAUCAUUUAUACCUAAGGUUGAAGAAACAGAUUUAAUUAUUUAUGAUUCUCGAAUUAUACAUAGAGGGAUGUCUAAUAAUUUGUGGCUUAAAAAUUCAUCCCUAAUAUAUAGAUAUGACUAUAAAAAAUACCCACCCCCAGGACAAGAUUUUAUUGAUAUUAUAUCUUACAGUGUUAUUGGAAAAUGUAUUUCCUUCUUUAACAUGCUAGGAAGGUAUAUAUAG